AUGGAACAGCGUAUGAAAUUGUUUUUGUUUAUGCUCGUCGUAGUCCUGUCCCUAAUUAUUACAAUCGAGGCAUCCGUACCACAACCGAGGGCACCUAAUUUCCAAUAUUUUGAAAGGCCGAAAUAUCGGUACCCGUAUUAUGACGAAAACGGCAAAGGAAAACUUCUCUACGGCUACGGAGGACCAGAAUUGUAUCAAUAUAAAUCCUAUUCGCCGCUAGAGGGCAUUCACUAA